AUCUUGCUGUUAAGUGCGGUGAGCGAGCUGUUAAUCGCAUUUCUUGUUUACCUUUUAAAAUUCUUAAAGUAUUGCUUAAUUUUGUAGAGUCCUUGAAGAAUAAAGGCUGCUACACAUGGCCACGUCCCCGGGGGUGUCCCCUGCCAUGGAUGCUGACCCCGAGCCCAGUGGCCUGAUCUCCGCCACCGUAGUCGCCGGUCUGAAGAACCUGGGAGACAUCAUCUCUCCGCCACUGACCAAGUUACUUAUAGCAAAUUCGCUGAAGUUGACCCUCCACCCAGAUGCCACUAUUGCUCCCGUGCCCGAGAUCUAUGCCUCUAAUGCCGCGUGCGCCAAACAGAGCGAGUACGCCGUAGUUACGCUCUACGCCCUGGCCACCAAGCACGGCUGGGAUGGCCUCCAACUACGCCAGCAGCUCGAGCAACUGACCCUGGACACCGGCGCCGUGGACGAGCUAAGCCGCGUGUACGAGGAUAAUCGCAAGGAGCUGAUCCUUCGCCAGUUGCAGCUGGGCCACAGCUUUCCGCACAUCACCGACAUCCAGUGGCGCAUCGUGUGCGACGUCAAAUCGUCGACAUCCGAUAGCAGUACCGGCGUGGCUAAUUUUCACAUCAAUCUGGGAAACUUUCGGUCCAGUAGCGGCGAACGGGUGACCAUCGUGGAGUUCGUUUGCAACGCCGAGGAGCUGCAAUCGCUGAUCAACCGGCUGAAGGAGAUUGAACGGCAUUGCCAUCAGAUGGCCGUGGCCUAGGGAAACACUUGGCUCUUAACAUUCUUAUCGAUUAUAUUUCGCAGCAUAUAUAUAACACAA